CGUGGGUUGCGUUAAUGACUGCCACAACUCAUACAGCUGAGUGUCUUCCCAAACAAAGCUGAUGCUCCAGAUAGUCAACACCACGGGGAUGCAGGGCUUCAACAAGUCUGAGCGGUGCCCUAGGGACACUCGGAUGACACAGGUGCUGUUCCCAGUACUCUAUACUGUGGUCUUCUUGACAGGCAUCCUGCUGAACACCGUGGCCCUCUGGGUGUUCAUCCACAUCCCCAGCAAUUCCACCUUUAUCAUCUACCUCAAAAACACUCUGGUGGCAGACCUGAUAAUGACACUAAUGAUUCCUUUCAAAAUCCUUUCUGACUCACACCUUGCGCCCUGGCAGCUCAGGGGUUUUGUGUGUACUUUCUCCUCUGUGGUCUUCUAUGAGACGAUGUAUGUGGGCAUCAUGAUGCUGGGCCUCAUUGCCUUCGACAGAUUCCUCAAGAUCAUCAUACCGUUUAGAAAAACUUUUGUGAAAAAGACUGCUUUCGCAAGAAUAGUCUCGAUUUUCAUCUGGCUCCUGAUGUUCCUGCUCGCCCUUCCAAACAUGAUCUUGAACAAGAAGGCAACGCAACCGUCCGUCAAGAAGUGUGCAUCCUUAAAGAGUCCACUGGGGCUGCUGUGGCAUCAAGUAGUCAGUCACACGUGCCAGUUCAUUUUCUGGACUGUGUUUAUUCUGAUGCUUCUAUUUUAUGUGGUGAUUACCAAAAAGGUAUACAACUCCUAUAGGAAGUUUAAAAGUAAGGACAGCAAGCACAAACGGCUGGAGGUGAAGGUAUUUAUCGUCAUGGCUGUCUUCUUUGUCUGCUUUGCGCCAUUUCAUUUUGUCAGAGUACCAUACACCUACAGUCAAACCAUCAAUAAGACUGACUGUAGGUUAGAAAACCAGCUGUUUAUUGCUAAAGAAGCAACUCUCUUUCUGGCAACAACUAACAUUUGUAUGGACCCCUUAAUAUACAUAAUCUUAUGUAAGAAGUUCACACAAAAGGUGCCGUGUAUGAGAUGGAGAAGGACAAGGACAGCAGCAUCAAGUGAAGAGCACCACAGCAGUCAGACAGACAACAUCACCCUAGCCUGACCACUUUGUCCCACAGGUUAAUUUCAUACAUGGCUUCACACCUAUGUAAGGACGGGACUUCAAAAUAUCAUUUACCCGGAGACUUCAUUUAGGCGUUACAGAAAAAAGAGGGGAACAAACAGUUUCCUACAUUAUUACCCUAGUGUACAUUAUUACCCUAGUGUACAGAAAAGAUUAUGCCCAUUUUCACCACAUAGAUAGAUGUAUUUAUACAGGGGAUGAACUAACAUUAAGAGAAUGUGUAAUAAAGCAAAUGGCCACUAGAUGUCACCUUUUCGAGAGCUUUCAUGUAAUAUGGAAAAGGUUAUUGGGAAACAGGUUUGCCUGAAAAACCUCCCUUCUAAUUACCAUCCCAUGUUCUCUCUCACGCACAAUUCCUAAAACAUCUCACUGGGUUUUAGAGCCUUCAGAAUGCUGAUACUUGUGGACAUAAACCAACCAACCUGCAUAUCCUGUGCCUGUGCAGGAAAGGCUAAGGUGGAGGCUGAAAGAGAUGCAGUCUGAGAAACCAAAGUGGGUCAACAUAACCCCAGGAACCUCAAAAGACUGUC